GAGGUUUCAAAAUGAUAGUGAAAUCAGGACAUACUGAUACUGGUUAGUGAAACACAUGAAUGAAUGCUCUGGUGUUCUGACUCACAGCAGUUACAGGGUCACGCACAUUUGACACUCAAUCCAUACAAAUGGACCUAUCUGCGUCUUUGCAUUGACUUUACAUGUAACGGCGAUGCGCCCGGUGUGAACGUACCUUAACUGACCAGUGAGACAUGUUUCCAUGCUGACCCCCCCCCUCUGCUUUCAGCCUGGAGCCUGCUGCAGUCCGGUUCUUGAGGCCAGGUCUCAGGAAGUAUUCCUGUGGACUCACACUGGACUCAAACACAGUGCACAGACAACUCACACUGUCUGACAACAACAGGAAGGUGACAUGGGUGAUGGAGGAGCAGAACUAUCCUGAUCAUCCAGAGAGGUUUAAGUGCUGGCCUCAGCUGAUGUGCAGAGAAGCUCUGACUGGUCGCUGUUACUGGGAGGUCGAGUGGAGAGGAAGGGUUUCUGUAUCAGUGACUUACAGAGGAAUCAGGAGGAAAGGAGAGAGAGGGGACAGUGUGUUUGGAUUCAAUGAUCAGUCCUGGAUUCUGGACUACUCUGAUGGAGGUUACUCUGUCAGGCACAAUCAGAGAGGAACAAGCAUCUCCUCCUCCUCCUCCUCCUCCUCCUCCUCCUCCUCCUCCUCCUCUGGUAGAGUAGCAGUGUAUCUGGAUCAUCCUGCUGGCUCUCUCUCCUUCUACAGAGUCUCCUCUGACACACUGACCCACCUCCACACCUCCAGAGCCACAUUCACUGAACCUCUCUAUGCUGGGUUUGUGUUACCUGGUCUCUCUGGUUCCUCAGUGUCUCUGUGUUCUCUGCAGGAGUGAGACCCCC